ACGUAAACCAUAAGUUAUAAUUAUACCCAAGUAGAGAAACAAAUACUCCGAAGUUACACAGAAAGAAGAACAAAAUGUUAUAUUUCAUCCUCAUUCCUCUCCUACUCCUUGUGGCUUACAAAUUCAUCUUCUCCCAAACGCUGCGUUUCAAUCUCCCACCGGGACCACCGUCACGUCCCGUCGUCGGCCAUCUCCACCUCUUGAAACCGCCGAUCCACCGUCUCCUCCAGAGCUUUUCCAACAAAUACGGUCCAAUAUUUUCCCUCCGUUUCGGCUCCCGCCGCGUUGUGGUCAUAACUUCCUCUUCACUCGUCCAAGAAGCCUUCACCGGCCAAAACGACAUCAUUCUUUCGAGCCGGCCCCUCCAACUCACGGCCAAAUACGUUGCCUACAACCACACAACCGUCGGAACCGCUCCUUACGGCGACCACUGGCGUAACCUCCGCCGCAUAUGCGCCCUCGAGAUCCUCUCCUCCAACCGACUCACCAACUUCCUCCACAUCCGUAAAGACGAGAUCCGCCUCAUGCUCACGCGCCUCUCACGUGACACAACUCACUCCGAAGACGGGAGCCGUUUCACUCACGUCGAGCUAGAACCCCUUUUCUCAGACCUAACGUUCAACAACAUUGUAAGAAUGGUUACAGGAAAGAGGUACUACGGAGAUGACGUGAACAACAAGGAAGAAGCAGAGUUGUUCAAGAAGCUUGUUUAUGACAUCGCCAUGUAUAGUGGCGCGAAUCAUUCAAUAGAUUACUUGCCGGUGCUGAAACUGUUCGGUAAUAAAUUCGAGGAGGAAGUCAAAGCUCUCGGAAAAUCAAUGGACGAGAUUCUGCAGCGUUUGCUCGAUGACUGUCGGAGAGACAAAGAAGGUAACACAAUGGUCACUCACUUGCUGUCUUUGCAAGAACAAGAACCAGACUACUAUAGUGACGUCACUAUCAAAGGGCUAAUGAUGGCCAUGAUGCUCGCGGGAACCGAGACCUCCGCCAUAACCCUAGAGUGGGCGAUGACGAAUCUGCUGAGAUACCCUGACGUGUUGGAGAAGGCAAGAUCGGAGAUAGAUGAGAAGAUCGGAGAGGACCGUCUUAUCGACGAGCCAGACAUCGCCGUACUUCCUUACCUCCAAGACGUUGUCUCCGAGACAUUUCGAUUGUUUCCGGUGGCACCGCUACUAGUUCCUCGCACGCCGUCAGAGGACAUGAAGAUCGGUGGUUACGACAUACCGCGUGACACGAUAGUGAUAGUUAACGCUUGGGCUAUACAUAGAGACUCUGAGCUAUGGGAUGAUCCAGAGAGGUUUAACCCCGAUAGGUUUAACGGAUGCGGCAGUGAGUUAUGCGCUUACAAGCUGAUGCCGUUCGGGAAUGGCCGGAGGAUAUGUCCCGGUGCUGGACUAGGGAGGAGGAUAGUGACGUUGGCACUAGGAUCUUUGAUUCAAUGUUUUGAGUGGGAGAGUGUGAAAGGUGAAGAGAUUGAUAUGUCGGAGAGUGCUGGGUUGGGUAUGCGCAAACUUGAUCCUUUACAGGCUAUGUGUAAACCUAGACCCAUUAUGGCAAAGCUUCUAAUUUAGUUGGAGAAUUGUCUUUUAGUGGAGGAAAAAAGAAAAGAUAUGUACUUAAUUAUUUUCAAUCAUUAUAAUGUUUGCACAAAAUGACUAAACUAUGUUUGUAAUGUCAUUAUCAGUUGGGUCUUUGUAACAUCACCAUCAAGGAUGGGCACAAAGGUUCCUUGAAGUCAUGGCUUAAAGGUCAAA